GCCACACGCACGGCAGCUUCAUAUGACACGGUGCAGCCCGGUGGAUUUCCUAUGAUUUUUUAAACUUUCUCUCAUGAAAGACUGCUCUUUUAAAGUACAUCUUUUAAGUUUUUUAACCUAAGGACCCGGGGGAAUUGCACGACAUUUGAACUUUGGAUGCUUGCAGGAGCUCGCCCAAGUGCGCAAAAACGUGCCGAGUGCCAUUCAACCGACUGAUGCCCCCCUCUCUGUCUGACUCGCCGUGAAUCAUGUCACGCCGGAAGCAGAAGAGACCUCAGCAUCUCGUUAACGCGGAUCCGGGGGGCCCGAGGGUCCUAUCUCACGAGGAUCACCUGGGCAUAAAGUCGCCAUCCACAUCUCUGGGCUCAGAAGUGACUUCAUCAGGGUCUUCCUCCUCAUCCCCCACCUCUCUCCAGGACUGCCAGACGCCUCUGGCCCCUCGCCCAUCCCCCGGAGGGCUCCACGCGCCCUCCUUACCCAGCGAGAGUUCACCUCCUCCCCACUGGCCCAGCCACAUCGCCCCCUUUAGCACAUCCCUCCCAAACACCCACUCCUCCCUCUCCCCAGACUUUCCUCACCCGUCGCUGUCUUCCCAGACUCACUCGCCUCCUCCCGUGGGUCAAACCUCUGGUUCCCACCAAGGAGACUCUCACUCCACCAUGACCUCCCCGCCGAUGGGAAGUUCAGCCACCACCACUACCUCCUCCUCCUCUUCCUCCUCCUCUCAGUGCGUUCCACCGCACCGCGACAGCUCCAGUCCGGGUCAGCAGCAGGCCUCCAGCUCACCAGGGGAGCAGGGACAGAUCCAGGUGCCACCAACCCUGGCGGUGCUUUUAGAGGAGCUUAGGGUUUUACAGCAGCGGCAAAUCCACCAGAUGCAGAUAACAGAGGAAAUCUGUAGGCAUGUUCUAAGACUUGGAGGUGCUGUCUUUGGCCAAGAAAAUAGUGCACAGACCAACAGUUCAGACACCAACCAGAAGACUGCAGGAGCAUCAUCUUCAUCACCAACACAUCCCUCUACUGCCACUCCAGCAACCACAGCCUCAUCACUUUUGGGCAGCCUUCCAUCUUCCCUCUUCCCCCAACCUGCUGCUUCCAAAUCAGGCACGUCACAUGUUAAUGGUAGCAGAGCUUCAUCCUCCUCUACCUCCUCAUUGCCAUCCUCUUCUUCCUCGUCUAUUUCUUCCACCAUCAGCUCCUCUGUUGCCUCACUACAUCCACUGUCCUUGUCACUGGGCCUUCCGCCACGCUACCUCCAUGAGAAAUCAUCUAACACCUCUUCGUUUGGUCACAGCAAUGGCAUUAGUUUCCCAACUCCUCCCCUUCCUACCACCAGUCACUCCCAGGAUCUCCAGUCCAGCUCCUCCCUUACCUCCACCUCCUCAUCAGGACGCCCCCAACACGUCUGCCGCUUCUGUGGGAAAGUGCUGAGCAGCGAUUCGUCGCUCCAAAUCCACCUGAGGUCUCACACAGGUGAAAGGCCCUACCAGUGUCCGGUCUGCUUGAGCCGUUUCACAACCAGAGGGAACCUCAAAGCUCAUUUCCUGCGACACAGAGAGCAGAACCCAGAGCUGUCCCUCUCCCUGCUGCCCCCGGCAUUGUCAGAGCAAACGCAGAGUGGGUCAUCUUCAGGGGGCAUCCAGAGAAGGCGAAAGAGGCGGGCCGAUGAUGAUGAGCCAUUUAACGGAGUGAAAGGAAGUGUUCGAGGGAUGACAGAGAGCAUGGCUUUAGGAUUCCUAUCUGGUGCGUCUGCUCGUCCGUCACCCUCCUCCCUACCCUUGCCCCCCUCGGUGGACAUGGCGCUGCUCUCCACUGCCCAUUCACUGCUCCAGUUGAACAGGGCUUCAGCUGCAGCCGCUGCCAGCUCUAGCUCUGUCCUGCCCUCUUCCUCCUCAUCUUCAUCCUCCCCCUCCUCCAUGGGUAGUCAGUUUAAAGGAGCAAAGCAGCAGCGAUUUGAUGAAAACACUCCUCCUCCUCACUCUGCCCUCCAUUCUACCUCCCCUUACUCCCAGCUCGCCCACCUGCCCAAGAUUGUCUUUCCUGGAGGUACCUCCCCUCACCACCUUGCACUUCUCCGCCCCCCAGGCCACCCAUCCACCUCCCAUCUCACGUCACCUCACCAGCUACCCUUCCCCUUCCCACCAUUCCCCAAACCAUCCAGCUCCUCCCCUUCCUCAUCCUCUCCUACCACCUCAACUCAAACCUCAGACACAUCCAAGUUGCAGCGGCUGGUACAGAGGCUUGAAAAGCAGCCACAAGGAGGUGCCUCUUCCUCCUCUUCUGCCUCCUCUCCCUCCACCUCCUCACAAACCUAUGCUGAAGCCAGUGGGGACACACAUGGUCAGGACCUGACCACCACCUCUAGUGCCUAUCGCAGGGAAAUGUUGGCUGCUCUCGGACUAAGCCCUAGUGCCAAUGCUGCAGGACUGGAGACCGGCCAGGGAACCUCAGGCACUAAAACUACCACAACUACUCCUUCUCUGCCCACGGGCCAGGCUGCUAAUCAGUGUGGAGUGUGUCUACGUGUCCUCAGCUGCCCCAGAGCUCUUCGUUUGCACCAGGCCACACAUCUCGGUGAGCGGCCGUUCCCCUGUAAGCUCUGUGGUCGUUCCUUCUCCACAAAGGGCAGCCUUAGAGCCCACCUGGCCACUCAUCGUGCCAGACCGCCCAAUGCCCGUGCCCUGAACUCCUGCCCACUGUGCCCACGCAAGUUUACCAAUGCCUUGGUACUCCAGCACCACAUCCGCUUGCACCUAGGAGGACAGAUACCACCUGACGAAGACAUGCUACCAGAAGAUGGAGCAGAAGCAGAAAAUGCCGUCUGUGAUGAUGGUGAGAAUGACUCAAUUAGCUCCCCAUCUAAAGGACAGCAGCUCCUUCCUCUGGCCUUAACAACAGGCUCUAAGUCUCCAAAUGAUGCUUUCAACUCAGGGUCUACUUUUAAGCAAUCCACAGAUGUCACUGUUGUGAAGACUGAGGAAUCUGACGGCUCAACACCCAGUGUUAGUCCACCCCUGACCCGUAAUCCCCCCUCAGCGGGAGCAGAGGACCCCCUGUGUCUGGGAGACAACGCCCCAGCUGAUGGUUGCCCCACAAACGGCUCCGUGUACUCUGAGGAGGAGACCCACGCUGACCUGGGCAGGACCAGCCCUUUUAAAGCACCUAUAGCUAGUUCUCAUGCAGCUGUAGAAAAUUCAGAAGCUGAGGACACCCCUCUGUCCCUUUGUGUUUCUAAGCCUGCUGUAGAAAACGACUUGCUGCACACAGAGGUUAAUGAUGAUGAAGCCUGCUCCACAGAUGACCCUCCCACUAGUCCCAAAUUGAACCCAAAAGCUGCAAAGCCUGUACCUGUGCUCACCCCUCCUGCCAGUCCCAGAGCUAUCCCAGAAACAGCAGAGGCCUGUAGCAGCGCAUCACAUGAGUCACAGGAAAGAGAUGCUGCCCACAGUAAAGGGAAGAGUGAAACCGCUACACCCAGAGAGGUUUUGUCAGUGUCGGAGCCAGAGCUGGAGAAGGAAACUGCAAAGGAGGAGAGUCAUGGCGUGCCAGAAAAGCCUUCAGAGGAUCCUGAGCCCUCCGUCGCUGCACCACCACCACAUACUCAGCCUUCUCGCCCAGACAAACCCUACUGCUGCUCCCACUGUGGAAAGGCUUAUGCCAGCCGAAGUGGACUUAAGGGGCAUAUGAAAACUCACCCUGGAGCGUCGACUAAUACCCCUUCCAAGGCUCAAACCAAUGACAAUGACUGUGUGGAGGAUCGCAGCUCACAGUCAACCAGUAAGAAUCCUGGACAGCUGGAUGACAAGCAGGGGUUGGCUAAAUCCCCAGAGAAAGGUGACAGCUCAGAUCCUCCACCAAUCAGUGUUGGUUCUGACGUGGCAGGCGAAGCUAUGGACACCACUGCAUAGAAAGUUAGUGUUGUUGACGGCCAGUUUUAAAAGGUCCUGACAAAGGAAUGUAUUUUUUCUAAUAGAAUGAGAUUUGUUGUCUAGAGUUAUUAAUUCUAAUUCAUAUUUACCUUUUAUAUUAGGCAACUAGAUUUAGUCAAAUUCUAGUACCACUGCAAGAAAUCUGUGAAUGUAGUAUUUUAGCAAUGUAUUUUUGUAUUUCAAAGACCACAGUGAGGCCUUAUCUUCCACACUUCACAGCAUUGUCGGGAUGAGAAUUGAUUGUUUGUGCUAUUUUUUUUUUCUUUUUGCUGACACCUAUUUCAGCACAUACUGUAUAAUGUCAAACAACCAGUAUAAGCUGAUUUAAAUGAAAAACAAGAGGAAGAGGAGUGUCCGGAAUUUUACAAAAUAAACUCCAUACCAAAAGAGGCCAAUUUAGUAACUGGCCAAUGUGUGUAAAUAUGAGCUGCGGUUACAUUUUAUGCCUUUUUAUUGUUACUUAUGUUCUUUUUUUUUAAAAAUCCGAUGCUGCUGAAUGCAUGUUUUAGAGUUGCACUGUGUCCGAAACAUCUACUGAAACAGACACAUGCUAGCAAUGACCAUGAUGCUGUUGUUGAUGACGAUAAUAAUAAUGAUGUCGAUGAUUGUGUUACAUUUCUUUUUUGAGCAGUCCUGUACUUACAGCAGAUAGCAGCACACGAUCUUACUGGUACUGAUGAUGAUGAACCUUUUUUCCUUGGUGUUGGCUGCAUUGUUAAACCACCAACAAGGAUGAGCCCCGUCCGUUGUAACUCCCCCUGCUCUCAAAGCACUUGAGAGUGUUCUGCUCCUACACAAACUGUCUGCACUCACUGCAUUCCUGCUUUGCUAAGUUUAGUAUUUGUAUGCUUUGCUGUCCCCAUUGUAAAACCCCCUUUUUUGUAGCAAAUACGUUCCCAUGCUUCCCAUGUGAUGUAUAAAUAAAACAAUGGCAAUGUGAAGAGGAGA